AUGCGCAAGUUCUUAUCAAGUCAGUUUAUGAAGGAUCUGCCUUUGCCUGUUGAGUUCCAAGAUAUAUUUAAACCUCUGCUUAACAGAAUGUAUUCAAAACAAUCAGGAAGUCUUCAAGAACAGUGUCUAACUGAGAAGGACCAGGUGUCUGGAGAAAUUAUCCAAGCUUAUGUGCUGUCCACUGGUCAUGUGCAAACUGGUGGCAAAUUUGAGAGCAGUUUCUAUUUGUACACAUGCUGUGGACCAUACUCAAGAGACACUAUAGAUGUAGAUGUUCUUCCCCAUCUAAAGAAAUCCUAUGCUACGUUUUUGGAUGGGCUGGAUGAAACCUCUGUUACGACUCACUUUGAAUGUUAUGCUUGUUGUAAAUUCAAUGGUGAUCUCUUUGGCUCCAUUAAAUCAAGAGGAGAUAGAUCAGCAUUUGUGUUGGCAAGGUGGUGUAAGCUUGGAGGCACAAUUGACACCUCUGGAGCUGAUUUGAGACCAGGUGUUAUUGAUUAUUUUAUGAAACAAAAUGUACAAGUAAAUGGACAUUAUGUGACCUCUGUUUUGGCUUCUGUACGUUGGUUUCAAGCUCACCCAUCAAGAUACUCCUUAGGUGCUCCUGUCGAGGUCUUGUGCAAAGAUCUCUUUGAACCUGAAGGUGAAUCAACAUUUAUUCCAAUUCAGAGAAUCAGUGGAAAGUUUAUACCAGCAAUUGACAUUCUCCAAGAUGAACAUUUCCUUGAGGUCUGUCCUCUUACACGCAAAUUGCAGUGUUAG